CUCAGUCCUCCGAUUACCACCGCCGGUGAAAAGAGCCAAAUAAAAUAUUCAAAGGCGCAAAAUGCUCCCCACGCGCCACCCACGCGCCACCUGACCUGGCCGCGCCAAGUCCGAUAAAGAUCGCUUUCCUAAUCGAUUCGUCGAGAUCCGGGGCUGGGGAAGACGAUGGAGCCGCGGAGCGGGGAGCCGAAGGCAGAACCGAAGCAGCCGCCCGAGGCGGAUCUGAGGUCGGGCCAGGAUCGAGAUCAUAACUCCGAUCCGAGCAAGGAGGGCGAUGCAACCGUUGCUAAGACGAAUCGUGAGGCCCAGACGCAACAACUUGAUGAUCAUCGUCCCAACCCUGGCGGAAAUGGCGGUGAAAAUAGGAGUGAUCGCGUCGAUGAUAAAUUGGAUAUGAACAGCGGUAGUCGAUCGCAGAAAUCGGUGCAAUGGAGCCAGGAAUUGGUCGAACCUCGUUCCUCGACUGCGCCUUCCUUCAUUGAGUCGCUGAUUACUGCUCGAAAUGUACUGGGGAGAUGGGGAAGGAGAGUUAGAGAAGCAACAAGGAUGGCAGAGGAUCUUGCUGGAAACACUUGGCAACACUUGAAAACUGCCCCCAGUUUUACUGAUGCUGCCUUGGGUAGAAUUGCUCAAGGAACAAAGAUUCUGGCUGAAGGUGGUUAUGAGAAAGUUUUUAGACAAACUUUUGAGACGGUUCCCGAGGAGCAACUUCAAAGUUCAUAUGCGUGUUACUUAUCCACCACUGUGGGUCCAGUGAUGGGAAUUUUAUAUGUAUCUACAGCAAAACUUGCAUUUUGCAGUGAUAAUCCAAUGCCAUAUAAAGAUGGUGGCAAGACUGAAUGGAGCUAUUAUCAGGUAAUCAUCCCUUUUGAUGAGCUUAAAGCAGUUAACCCUUCAGCAGGCAGUGCUGAAAAGUACAUCCAGAUUGUCUCUGUUGAUAACCAAGAGUUUUGGUACAUGGGCUUUCUAUACUAUGAUGGUGCCGUCAAGUGCCUGGAGGAUGUUCUCCAAGCUUGCAACUUAGCCGAUAAUGGUGUCUCGCCUUCGAGCACUAAUCACACAGAAGGAUGUGCUUCGUGAUAUACCAAAAAAAGCUUGCGAUCCUUAUUCCAUACAGAUUUUGACGAAUCUCAACUUCGCGUCUUAGCCUGGCUUGAUCGGCUCUCCACCACAAAUUAACCGGUUUGGGGAUCUAUUGCUCUAUGAUCUUGAUUCUAGUCUGUUUAUACUACUUACAUUUAAAUACAUCUGCCAUGCCUCAUUGUUCUUCCUCUGAUACAAAUCUCUCUCAGUUAUUCAAAACAUCCACUCUCUUACCAAAAGAGAGAAGAAGAGAGACGGAUGUCUUCAAUGGGGAGUUCUUCUGGCAAUUGGCAUGCAUAAGAGAUCAAUACUGAGAUACUGGCUUGACUACUUAACUAUAAAUUUGAAAGAGGUUUCAGUGGUUAAAUUGUUGUAAUCUUUGGUUGAUAUUUGACUGAUAUAAAAUUAAGAUGCAGUGUCAUAAGGAGGCUGCAAUGUGGAAAAUCCAAUUAAGUGUUCAGUUGUUUCGGAUUUUUCAAACAUUUUGACAUUCUAAGGGUUCUUGUAAAUAAGAAUUUUAUUAAAUGAAAAAUUGCAAAAGCGUCCAUAUUGGCAUACCUUGUGCUUCACAAC